AUGUCUUUUUUAGACGUUUUAGGUAAAAGCUGUUCAGAUAAUGAAUUUUGUGAACAAAUCAAAUUUUCACAAUGUUCGGAAAAUAAAACAUGUAGUUGUACACCAAAUACUAUUAAAGUUAAUUCAAAUUUAUGUGUCCCUAUUUUAAACGGAUUCUGUUGGCAUGACAAUGAAUGUUUUCCUGAUAAUUCUAUCUGUAUUGACAAUAAAUGUCAAUGUAUUACUGGUUUUACCUCUGAGUCAAAUGACAAAUGCGCACCAACCGUUCCUUUGUGGCAGCAAUGUAAUACAAGUCAACAAUGUAAUGAUCUGACAAAUCAUUCAAUGUGCUCCUCUACCAUAAAACUGUGUGUGUGUCAGGAUAAUUAUUAUUCACUAGGCAAUAGAUGUAUACCGUUAUUAAAUGGCUCUUGUUCGGACACUGACAUAUGCACAAUCCAUAAUUCUGAAUGCAUUGAUGGUAAAUGUCAAUGUAAGCCAAAAUUUUUGUUUAAUGAUUUGGAAUGCAAGCCAACUCUUUUAAAUGAACGUUGCGUUACGGAUCAAGAUUGUACCCUAUUAAAAUACUCUAAAUGUUCAGCUGAAAACGAAUGUAUUUGUGAUAACAAUUAUAUUAAAUUGAAUGAAACAUCAUGUGGAUCACUUCUUGAGGGACUUUGUUCAACAGAUGAACAGUGCACAGUUGCUAACUCCACUUGUACUGAUAAUAAGUGUCAAUGUAGAUCUAAUUUCUUACCUAAAGCCAAUAACUCUCAAUGUGAAGAGUUACUUAAUCAAUAUUGUCUUACUAGUGAACAUUGUAAAUCUGAAAAUUCUAUUUGCAUUGAUACUAAAUGUCGAUAUUUAGGAAUGGACUGUCUAUUGUACAGUGAUUGCAUAGGUAUUUUGCAUGCAAAUUGUUCGAAAUUAAACGUGUGUAGUUGCCAAGAAAAUUAUUAUGAUUAUGAAUCAGUUUGCGUACCAUUACUUGAAGGAUAUUGCGAUAAUAGUACAGAAUGUUUUGUCAGUAACUCCAUUUGUAUUAAACAUAGGUGUCAAUGCAAGCUUGAUUUCAAAUCGUUUGAUAAUGAUGAAUGUCAACCAUUAAAAUUGCAUGGAUCUUGUAAUAUCAAUAAAGAUUGUGACCAAAUAGAAAACACAGUAUGCAUUGACAAUGAGUGUACAUGCAAUAAAAAUUACAUGAAAUCAUAUAAUGGAACCUGCAAACCGCUUUUGGGCGGUUUGUGUUCGAAAAAUGAUGAAUGUAUGCCUCAUCAUUCCAUUUGUGUUGAUAAUGUAUGUAAAUGUAGACUUGAUCACGUGCAACAGUCCAAUGAAAAAUGUUUACCAUUGUACUUGAAACAAUCCUGUGAAUUCACGGAAGAAUGCUGCAAAAUUAAGUACUCAGUGUGUUUAAAUAAUAAAUGUGUUUGUAAAACAAAUUAUACUGCAUGGGGCGAUAGUGAGUGCAAAGCACCUAUAGGAGAGUAUUGUGACAGAGACAAAGAAUGUCUAUCUCCAGAUUCUACUUGUAAUGAAAAUAAAUGUCAAUGCAGAGAAAAUUUCAUAUCUCAAUUUGGAAAGUACUGCAAACCUGCAAGUUUAUUGCAUUCUUGUUAUGAAGAUGCAGAUUGCGCUGAUUUAUUGCACACAGAAUGUUCUUUGGAUAUAAAAAAAUGUGUCUGCAAGCCUAAUAAUAUUUCUCUAAAUAAAUUAACAUGUUUUCCACUUAUCGGAGGAUAUUGUACAGCAGAUUAUCAAUGCAUGGCUGAUCAUACUGUUUGUAUCGAUAAUUACUGUCAAUGCAAGCCUAAUUCUUGUAAUCCCAAGUCUCCACUACCAUGCUGCAGUCUGCAUGAUUCAUGCCGUCAAUUGGAAACAGCGGGUUCAUUUUUGUGUACUUUGAAAGUCCAAUUAGGAGACCUCUGUAGAAUUGAUGAUAAUUGUAAAGAAAUUCGUCAUUCGAAAUGUUCAAAAGAUAGAAAUUGUGUUUGUAGAUCGAACAAUAUUCAAGUAAAUGCAACAACUUGUGCGCCAUUACUUGGGGAAUUUUGUUGGCAAAAUGAACAAUGCGCUACUGAUAAUGCUGUGUGUAUUGAUAUGGAGUGUCAAUGCACUACAAAUUACAUAAGACGGUCCAAUAAUCAGUGCUUACAGAUGAUAUUAGGUAAAAUUUGUCGGAGUGAUGAAGAUUGUAACAGUGUCAAGUUUGCGGAAUGUUCGGAGCACAAAAUAUGCAAAUGUGAUCUAAAUACUGUUGAAAUAAAUCCACUAACUUGUGCACCACUUUUAAACGGGGUCUGUUUCAAUGACAAUGAAUGUUUUGUUAAUAAUUCUAUCUCAUUUUUAUCAUCACUAUCUUGUCAUCGUGAUAAAGAUUGUAGCGAUCUUAUAAAUUAUAGUGAAUGUCCUGAUAAUAGAAAAUGUGCCUGCAAAAAUAAUUACACUGCUAUAACUGAUGUAAAAUGUGCGUCUUAUGUGCUAAAUGAACACUGUUAUGAUCACAGUGAUUGCGUAGUAGGAAAUUCAACGUGUGUCGAUAAUAAAUGUCAAUGCAAAAAAAACUUUCUUUCUCUCUCUAAUGAUCAAUGCAUAAUCCCAUUUCUUUCGACCCUAUCUUGUGAUAAUGAUACGCAUUGUAGCAAUAUUGUAAAUGAUACUGAAUGUGCUGAUAAUAAUAAAUGUGUCUGCAAAAAAAAUUACAUUGCCGUUUCUGAUGUACAAUGUGCGCCUACUACAUUGAAUCAACACUGCAACGAUUACAGCGAAUGCGUAGAGGGAAAUUCUACGUGUAUUGAUAAUAAAUGUCGGCACACUAAUAAUUAUGGAUCCAGUAAUAAAACCAAGCGAGAAUAUAAAAUAUGCGUUUGUUCUCGAAAUAAUUUAGCAUUAAGUGAAUUAAUAUGUACACCAAUUGUCGGUGAAUUUUGUACAAAUGAUACACAAUGUUUGUUUCAUUCAUCUUAUUGCAUUGAUUUUACGUGUCAAUGCCGGCCUAAUUUAACACCUAUCUCUGCAACUCAGUGUGUAACGACGCUCUCAUUGUAUUCUUGUAAUGAAGAUUUAGAAUGUAGUGAUCCAUGGCAUGCGAAAUGUUCGGAAGAUAAAUUGUGUGUUUGUAACUCAAAUAAUACUGCAUUGAGCCACUCAACAUGUUUACCACAAUUAAAUGGUUAUUGUUGGAAAGAUGAUCAAUGUGUAGUUGAAAAUUCUAUCUGUUUUGAUUUUAAUUGUCAAUGCAAACCUAAUUUUGUUCUUGCCGCAAAAAAUCUUUGCGUACCAUAUUCUCAGCCCGUUGUAUAG